ACGUUAAUCAUGGCACCAUAAACAAACCAAAUGGCACCUCAUGAGCUCCGGCGGCCGUUCAAACGUCCGGCGAUCUCCGACCAGCAGAAACGACGAGAUCUCUCACUAAUCCGGCAAGAGAAAAACCGACUCGAUGCUCAAAGACAUGCUCGUUUUCUCGCCUCAACUGUCCUAUCUCUUCAGCCACCCGCCGAUUCCGAAAUCAUUACCGAUUCCAAUCCCUCUCCCGAACAAGAAUUCGAACUCGUUGAAGAAGGAAUCGAAGCCCUAGAACUCGAUGUUCGACAGGCGGCGAAACUUAAGGGAACUGAAGCUAGACGAUGGUUUGCGAAACAGCUGAUGCUUCCUGAAUGGAUGAUUGAUAUUCCUGAUCGGUUAUGUCAUGACUGGUAUGUGUUAGCUAGGCCUGCAGGGAAGAGAUGUUUUGUUGUGUCCUCUAAUGGAACAACAGUUAGUAGACUUCGUAAUGGAACUUUAUUGCAUCGUUUUCCAUCUUCUUUACCUAGUGGUGCUAGAAACAAAGGCAACUCAUCGUCUCAGUCAUAUUGUAUACUUGAUUGUAUAUUUCAUGAGCUUGAUCAAACUUACUAUGUCACUGACAUGGUCUGUUGGGCGGGAUUCUCUCUAUAUGAGUGCACAGCUGAAUUCAGGUUUUUCUGGUUGAACAGUAAGCUUGUAGAGACAGGCGCUUGUGAUCCACCUUCAGUUUACCACAAACACAGAUUUUCUUUGCCUACUGUUUACAACUGUGAUCAAGCUGGCUUACACGCAUCCUAUACACAACCCACAUCAUAUGUCAAGGAUGGGCUCUUGUUCUAUAACAAGCAUGCACAUUAUCAAACUGGCAAUACACCACUGGCAUUAGUGUGGAAGGAUGCUAACUGUAGUCAGUAUGUUAUUGAUACAGAUAGUAAAGGGCAGAUUCUAGAUCAGCAACAGGUUGUUUUGGCACUCCAAGAGAAUGGUAAACUGACUACAUCAGAUGAGCCUCCUGUGGAAUUCGGCUGCUUGGAUAUGGAAUUUAUUCAGAAGUCUGGAUUGCAAACGGGGGAUCUCUUAAAAUUUUCUGUUUCCGAUAGAGGAUUGUGUUUUACCGAUGGGAAACUUGAGAAAGCUGAUAUUCAAUUUAUUAGCAAAUCCAACCGUGCUCGUGCUUUUGCUGACAGUUUCUCAAAGAUUAUGUUUCAACACAUGGUUCGGCACUCACCACUGCAAAUUGAGGAUCUAUUUGCAAGCAUUACUUCGUCAGCCGUAAAAGAUAAAGAAGUUACCGAUGAGGAAAUGGCUGAUUGAUUGAUUGAUUGUGACCAUAUUUUUGAAGGUACCUCGUUUUAUAAAGACUAAAAGUGUGUCUGAAGCUCAGUCUAUCGAAUCGGUUCAUCAGCUAAAUAUGAUCUUAGAAGCAAAUUAUAUACAAUGGAUCUUAUCGAUAGAUCUUGUAGAGCACUUGAUAUAGAUGGUGUUUUGUUUUCGUCAAUUGACAUUACUGCAAGUGAUUAAUGUAUUUAUUCUUAUAAUUGAGGUA